GUCUGGUUGUGGUUGCAACUGACUUUAAUAACCUGGAUUCCGUCGUCAGCGAGAGAAGUCUACAAUGCGGAUCGGAGUUUUAAUCGUUGUGCUCUGCCUGCAGGUUUUCAGUGCCUUGGUCAUAUUGCCCCUUCUUACGGAAGUCAAAAGUAGGCUUCUGAAUUCUACUGCAGAAAAAAUCAAGCAGGCCUUUUCGAUGACCUAUAACAUGGGAACAUUGAUGGAGAUUUUCGGGGACAGUCGACGGGGAAAUGCAUCCCUGGACAAGCAAACUGAAAUAUUCAAGGCUGGGUUAGACUUCCUGCCCAAAUAAUCAAAGGAAAGCGCUGGUGUAUCAUCUCUUUUUAAACAGACAGCUUUACUGAGUGGAACUUCUCUUAGAUCAACAAACACAGUUUGCAAUAAACUUUCGUUUCAUCGUA